AUGGACGGUGAAAAAGCCACAUCCGGCAAGAAGACAGUGGCGGUGCAGAUCAAUAUGGGCGGAGAGGCGGUCAUCACGGUGUCUCCAGAAUUGUUCAAAGUGGCGGGGGAGAACAAGCUUUGUACAAUAGGCUUUGGCACUUGGGAAUGCCAAGACGCUGAUGGACUCGUUUUUGUGGAUUACUCUCCUGCAGUGUUCAUACCGCUAGUGGAGUGGCUGCGGGAGCUGCGAGAUGCAGAGCCAGGACAGACGGUUUACGUGCAGGUGCUGCAAGAGAAGAGAACGGCAUGGAUCCGUAUGGUGAACGCCUUGUCCUUUCCAAAGCACCUCCUCCGGAAGGCGGGCAUCAAUGCUCAUGAGCUCUUGUGCAUGGGCUAUUCCGUGGGAUGCGCACGUGACUUCGAAUUCACAGCUGAGGAGCUUAUCCUUGCAGGGGCUCAGGCUGCGGGAAUCCGCGAGAUUGUUAAGCCUGAGGAGCUGCCAAUCAUCUUACGGCAUGUGGCGGAGACGCAUGGCACAUCUUUGACUGCAACAGGUCUAUGUCAAUUCCUGGCGCGAAGUGGGUUCGACGCAGAAGAGCUAGAGGCCGCAGGAAUCAAGGAGUCACCGCCGCCAUCACCAUUACCUCUCUUUGGUGAUCCCGCUGGCAAUGGCGGCCUCUUCGGCGAAGCCAGCGGCAGGACUUCCCUCUUCGGCGAAGCCAGCGGCAGCACUUCCCUCUUCAGCGAAGCCAGCGGUGGGACUUCCCUCUUCGGUCCUCCCGUUGUUCGGUUCAAAAUGCCGGCUGCCGAUCUCCACGCUUCAAUCGAUGGCGGUUCCGCCUCUGGCGUAGACGGAGUUUCGACCUUUCUCGCCUGUGGUGCUGGCAGCUCUGCUUGA